GCAGCCAUGGCCGGGACUCCGGGAGCCUAAGUGGGGCCGCCUCCGCCCUGCCCGGGAGCGCAAGAGGAGCAGCCGCGUCGCAGAGGCCUGCCCGUGCGAGGCUAGGGCGGGAGAGGCAGGCAGCCAGCCAGGCCGGCCGGCCGGCAGACGGCAGGGCGGACGGCCGUGGCUCGGCCCUUCCCCGCCUUGGCCCGGGCCGGCUUUGCGGCGGCUGCAGAACCGCACGCGCAAGAUGUCCACCCGCACGCCGCUGCCCACCGUCAAUGAGCGGGACACCGAGAACCACACUUCCGUUGAUGGAUAUUCUGAGCCCCAUGUCCAGCCCACAAAAUCAAGUAGCAGACAGAAUAUACCCCGCUGCAGAAAUUCAAUCACAUCUACUAAUGAAGACCAUCCUCACAUUGGAAAUUACCGUUUACUAAAGACGAUAGGAAAAGGAAAUUUUGCCAAAGUGAAGCUGGCUAGACAUGUUCUUACUGGUAGAGAGGUUGCUGUGAAAAUAAUAGACAAAACCCAACUAAAUCCCACCAGCCUACAAAAGCUGUUCCGGGAAGUACGAAUAAUGAAGAUAUUGAACCAUCCUAAUAUUGUUAAGUUAUUUGAAGUUAUUGAAACAGAAAAAACAUUAUAUUUAGUAAUGGAAUAUGCCAGUGGGGGGGAAGUGUUUGACUACUUGGUUGCCCAUGGAAGAAUGAAAGAGAAAGAAGCACGUGCAAAAUUUAGACAGAUUGUGUCUGCUGUGCAAUACUGUCAUCAGAAAUACAUUGUCCAUCGUGAUCUCAAGGCAGAAAACCUUCUUCUUGAUGGCGACAUGAACAUUAAAAUUGCAGAUUUUGGUUUUAGCAAUGAAUUUACUAUUGGCAACAAACUGGACACUUUUUGUGGAAGCCCUCCAUAUGCUGCCCCUGAACUUUUUCAAGGAAAGAAAUAUGAUGGCCCAGAAGUGGAUGUAUGGAGUCUUGGAGUUAUUCUUUACACUCUAGUCAGUGGAUCUUUGCCAUUUGAUGGGCAAAAUUUAAAGGAACUGAGAGAGCGGGUAUUACGGGGAAAGUACCGGAUACCAUUCUAUAUGUCCACAGAUUGUGAAAAUCUACUGAAAAAGCUGCUUGUAUUGAAUCCAAUCAAGCGAGGGAGCUUGGAACAAAUAAUGAAGGACCGAUGGAUGAAUGUUGGUCACGAAGAGGAAGAAUUAAAGCCAUACACUGAACCUGAACCAGAUUUUAAUGACACCAAAAGAAUAGAUAUAAUGGUCACUAUGGGUUUUGCAAGAGAAGAAAUUCAUGACUCUCUGGUAAACCAAAAGUAUGACGAAGUAAUGGCUACUUACCUGCUUCUAGGCAGAAAACCACCUGAGUUUGAGGGAAGCGAAUCUCUGUCCAGUAGUAACCUGAGUCAAAGAUCUCGACCCAGCAGUGACCUCAACAACAGUUCUAUGCAAUCUCCUGCUCACUUGAAGGUCCAGAGGAGUAUAUCGGCCAAUCAGAAACAACGGCGGUUCAGUGAACAUGGUGGGGAUGGCAUUCAACCAAUUGGCCCAUCAAUUCCUCCCGCUGUCUCCUACUCGAAAAGAGCUCAGGCAAACAGUGUGGAGGGUGAACACAAAGAAGAAUGGGACAAAGAUGCAUCACGUAAGCUGAGCAGCACUACAGUUGGGUCCAAAGGCGAGAUGGCAGCAAGUCCACUGGUGGGCCCUGAAAGGAAGAAAUCAACUACCGUUCCAACUAACAAUGUGUUUUCGGGGACUAGCAUGACACGAAGAAAUACCUACGUCUGUGAACGUUCUACAGAUCGCUAUUCUGCUAUUCAGAAUGGGAAAGACAACAGCCUAACAGAAAUGUCUGCAAGCAGUACCUCUUCCGCUGGCUCUGCUGUCACUUCUGCGAUAUCAGCACGACCUCGGCACCAGAAGUCCAUGUCUGCUUCUGGUCACCCGAUAAAAGUUACACUGCCAACUAUCAAAGAUGGCACUGAAGCUUAUCGACCAAGCAGUGCAACUCAGAGAGCACCUGCUGCUUCCCCAUCUGCUCACAGUAUUAGCACUACCACUCCAGACCGAACCCGCUUUCCUCGGGGGAGUUCUAGCCGAAGCACUUUCCAUGGUGAGCAGCUACGGGAGCGACGCAAUGCCACUUAUAAUGGACCACCUGCAUCACCAUCGCACGAAACCAGCACAUUUGCGCAAACAAGAAGAGGGACAUCAACUGGCAUUAUUAGCAAAAUAACUUCCAAAUUUGUCCGCAGGGAUCCAAGUGAAGGCGAAGCCAGUGGCAGAACCGACACCUCAAGGAGCACUUCUGGAGAGCCUAAAGAGAGGGAAAAGGAGGAAGGCAAAGAUUCUAAGCCUCGGUCUUUGAGGUUUACUUGGAGUAUGAAGACCACAAGUUCCAUGGACCCAAAUGACAUGAUGAGAGAGAUUCGAAAAGUGUUAGAUGCCAACAACUGUGACUAUGAACAAAAAGAGAGGUUCCUUCUAUUCUGUGUUCACGGUGAUGCACGACAGGAUAGCCUUGUCCAGUGGGAGAUGGAAGUGUGUAAAUUGCCACGCCUAUCACUCAAUGGAGUCCGCUUCAAGCGAAUCUCUGGGACUUCUAUUGCCUUUAAAAACAUUGCAUCCAAAAUAGCGAAUGAGCUUAAGCUGUAAAGAGCAGUGACAUUUCUGGGAUCAGGGAAGAUUCAAGCUUACAUUUUGAAUGUACUGGUUAUGCCUAAAUUGAUUGGCCUGUGAAACUCCCCAUGUAGAAAUUGUCCCUAUUGCAAUAAGGUUAUAUAUAGUUAUUCUGAAUUGUAAAAUUAAAUUCAGUAUGACCUAUAUUAAAAGAAAAAUCUGUAGCUAAAGAAGUUAUGUUCACAUGUACAGGUAAGUAUAUAGAGCAUUCUGUUCAUUUUAUGUUCAUAGAGUUGUAUAAUAAGAAGGCGUAAAUACAGAUCUUGUAUAGUUGUCUAGACAUUGGCACAGAAGUGUGUUUGCUUUGAGCUGAAAAGUUCUUCCUGAUCAUUCUUUACAUUUUCUGGUGGUUUUUAUAAUUCUUACCUCUGUCAUGCAUUUUUUUAAACAGUGUCUGUAGUAAAAAUGCACAAAAAUUGUUUUCACAACUGUAGCAUGAACAAUUUUAGUUGUUUUAAAUGAAUCAUAUAUAACAAUUGAAUUAGUUAAAAGAUAGGUUGGCUUUUGUUGUACACGGGAUUUUUCCUGCUUCCCUUCCACUCUUAUCCUCCUUUAUAGAACAGUGUUCAGUUGAAAACAAAAAAUGCAAACAUGUUUACAGUGUUGGCACUUACAGAAAGGAAAAAAGGGGUUUCUGAGUGUGUUUCGCCUCAGGUCCCUUGAAUCACUUUGGGGAACAGAAAUCACAUCUUGAAGAUAUUGUAUUUGAAAACUUAAAUCUUGCUCUUGUGACCCAUGGUCAAAUGUAGCAACAGAAUAGAAGUACAGUGCAUAUGCAUCAAUCAUUGUGUGAAAUAAUUGUUUGUUGCCUUUGAAAGAAUUCACAUACCAUUUUAUGAAAAUAUAACUUCAUUUAGAGACUGUUCAUAGCACAAGGUAUUCUGAAAUGUUGACCAAGUCUAAGAGCUUAAUAAAUGCCACCUCAGGAAUUAACUGUUUUUUGAAAUAUUUCCCCAUCUACCCCCCCAAAGAGUACAUACUUUACAGCCAAGCAUACAUUGUUUAUAACAAUAGAUGAUUACUUAUCUGAUUGUACAAAUUUUGUUCCCAUAUAUCUUGUCUGUGUUUUUAAUAUUUUGCCCACUUUCUUGUAUUUAUUCCACAUCAUUAUGCCUGUAAUGUGCAGCUGUGUGUAGGCAUUUGCCUAUGGAAGAAGAAGAAAAUUCCUUCAUGAUUAGUGAUAUAAACUCUGUAAAACCACUAGUACUUGGUACAUUUUAAUAUUUGUUAUUUUGUACUGAAUUAAUCAUAGCGGUUGGUUGUGCAAUGUUAUUUAAUGUCGUAAUUACUGUAACUUCAGCCUAUGGGCCCCAUCUGCACACUCCUGUAAAGAUUAGAAAAGUCAUUCAAAAUUGUCACUUUAUUAAAAACAAAAUACAAAAAAGCUGUGGUAAACUCUGUAACCCGAAGUUAGAAGGCUCUAAGCGUAGCUAAGCGUGCCAUUUGAGAAUGGCUUUCCGGCAGAUGGACUUGACAUGUACUGUACUGUGAUGUAGCUCUCUCUUCUGUAACAGUUCUGUUCUGAAACGAACGUGUAUUGUUGCCUUAGAAAAAAGGGUGGUGUUUGGCAAGAAAGGACUGUACCCCUUUUUAUCUGGUGUUCUUUUAAAACAUUUUUUGACGCACGUCAUCCUAAUUCACAUUCACUGGUGCACUCUAUUAAAAAGUUACUUGAACGGUU